CCAUCAAUUUUUUUUUUUUUUUUGUCUUAAAAGAAAAAUUAAAACCCUCUGAGAGUUUGACCAAGCACUCUCAAUUCAAUUCUCUCUUUAAACCCUAAAUUCUCAAAAACCCUUAAAAAAAAAAAAGUUCUAGCAAAUGGCUUCAAUUAUACUUCGAUCUCGCAUUUCAUCAAUACUUUCUAAAAGCACUAAGCCUAAUCGUCGGUUCUUUAGCUCUAACAUCGACAAGGAAUCCAUCAUCUCUUCUCAAUCUAUUAUUUCCGAUCAAGCCGCUGAUGCCACAUCAGCUUCUGUUGGCCAAACACCAGCUGCUGCCGCGGGCAUCGGCAAAGAAUCCAUCAUCUCUUCUCAAUCUAUCAUUUCUGAUCAAGCCGCCGAUGCCACGUCAGCUUCUGCCACCGAAACACUAGCUGCGGCUGCGGCGGCAGCGGAGGAGAGAAAAGGGUGGGGUUUCUUGAAGUUUGCGAUCAUUGCUUCUCUCGCUGGCGCUUCUGGUCUGGCUGGUUAUGCAACAUACGCAUAUACAUUGAAUGAAGUAGAAGAGAAAACAAAGGCAUUGCGUGAGUCGAUUAACUAUAAGACUAGUGAAGAUGCAUCCUCUGCUGAGAAAUAUAAGGAUUUGCUUUAUUCUGCUGCAAUGACUGUUCCUGCUAAAGCUGUUCAACUUUACUUGGAUCUAAGGAGAAAUAUUGAAGAACAAGUUAAAGGUUUUACCGAACCAUCCUCAGAUAAGCUUCUUCCUGAUUUGCAUCCAGCUGAGCAACAUGUUUUUACUCUUGUCUUGGAUCUUAAUGAGACGAUAAUAUAUAGUGAUUGGAGGCGUGAUAGAGGCUGGAGAACUUUCAAAAGACCUGGAAUUGAUGACUUCUUGCAGCAUCUUGCAAGGUUAUACGAAAUUGUGGUGUUUUCUGACCAGCUGAAUAUGUACGUUGAUCCUGUUGUUGAAAGGCUGGAUCCCAACCAUUGUAUACGAUAUAGGCUAUCAAGGGAUGCUACCAAGUAUCAGGAUGGCAAGCACUAUAGAGAUCUAUCGAAACUGAAUAGAGAUCCAGCUAAGAUUAUAUAUGUGAGUGCACAUGCUCUUGAACAUACUCUUCAGCCAGAAAAUUGUGUCCCAGUCAAGCCAUUCACUAUUACUGACCCAGACGAGGAAGUUGUGGAUACAACACUUUUGGACCUCAUUCCAUUUCUUGAAUAUGUUGCUCGUGCUAGUCCAUCGGAUAUUAGAAAAGUAUUAGAAUCUUAUGAAAGAAAGGAUAUUGCAAAAGAGUUCAAGGAACGCUCUAAGGAGACUCAGAGGCGAAUGCAAGAACAAAGGCAGCAAGGUUUUUUCCGGAGACGCUGAGGUUGGAGCUAAUGUAAAAAUGUACUCGGACAGGGUUUUAGGAAGAGAUGCAUGUGAAGCUGCUGAAGGCGUUCACUUCCUGUUCUCCCCAAGAAGUCAUUUCUAGUUAAAAGGUUUUGAACUGAGGAAAUCACUUCCCUUUUGAGCACUAAAUCCCCAAAAUGAGAUUUUCAUUUUUGUCUCGGCUGUUAGUAUUUUAGUAUCAUAAUUGUUACUCAGUUAUCUUGACCAUGAAGGAUAUUUAUUCUUUUGUUUUUUUUUUUUUCUUUCUUGAUAUAGCAGCAAUUUGAAUAUACACGACCAGUUCUCUGGUAUUGAAAUAACUAUAGUGUCCUUACCAAUCUAGGUAAGUGAGUGUAGAUUGCAGAAAAUCAAGAUGGACAGAUCCCUUCUGUUGUACAAUAUCAUGAUUCAUGAAUGCUGAUUAAAUUUUUUUGUACUA